CUCGCUUCGCUUGAUGAAUCUCGUCGAAUUACUGUUAUCGAGAGCCACCAUGCUCGGACUUCAGUCGGCCAUCUGGACGAACAAAUAGUGGACGAUGAUGAAGUAAAUUCAGGGGUGAUCAAUUCGAAUGCAGUUCGAGUUGAUGAGAAGAAAAGGAUUGAUAUGGAGGGUAGUGCAGGGAACGAGGAGCACGUUUGGGUUGGGGAGGAUAGUGAUGAAGAGGAUCGAGAGGAAGAAGAUGACGAUGAAGAUGAUGAUGAUGGCGAAGUAGCAGUCAUCGAGGACGAAGACGGUCACGGAGCUGACCUUGAGGCCACAGAACAGAUUCAUGCUAGUAUGGCAAUUAUUCGUCCCGAUGUGAUGCAGCCUAUAGCGACAACCGUUUCCGAAUUAGUUGUUUCUGUGACUUCAACUGCAACCGCCUCUACGUCUGCCCCUACCGGAUCUAAUCAACCCAUCGACAACUAUACUGUUAUGGAGGCUCUAGUUGCACCACAAAUCUCUGCUGUUCAUCGCAGCCAGUUAAUGGCUUUUUCCAACGCUAGCAUCUUGAAUGGCGUAGAUGAGGCAACUCUAUCUGCAGGUCAUCGACGCCACACAAACCAAGCAUUGUAG